AUGGGCCAGACUAAGAGCAGUUCAAAAGCCCCUAUGAAGAAUCAAGAACAAAGGACCGUGACGUCGCCCGGCAUGGCUGUGACGGAGCAGACAUCAUCAGAGGAGGAUGAGGAGCAGGAGCCAUGGCCCGGGUCCAGCCGCCAUGCAGCUGCUUCCAAAGCCCCAGCAGCCAAAGGUGAAUCAGGGGGAGAACUGACUGGGCAGCUCCUGCCACCUGUGCCCUCACCCCGCCAUACCCCUGCAACCCCAAUCACCAUUACUGCAAGCAGUCUGAGGUGUGAUUUGCCUACACCAGCACCCUGGCGAGGACAUCAGGAGUGCACACCAGAGGUCCCGUCCUUCCAGCACCAUGGUGGCAACAGCAGACCUGACCAGCUCGGGUCUGAAUGGAGGCCCUACCAAGACCCAAAGAUUCUCCAUUACCAGAUGGGACUCCACCGACACUGGAUCCGACCCAAGCAGCACACCAAGGAGGAGAUUGGGGAGGCCAUCAUCCUGGAGCAGCUGCUCCGAGUGCUUCCGGCGGAUGUGAGGACCUGGGUAAAAGAACAUGAGCCAGAAGAGGAUCAUGCAGCUGCCAAGCUGGCCCUACAAUACCUGAAUGCACGCAGAGAAGGACCAGCUCCACGCAGCAUCAACACAUCACACUGA